UCAACCUUGUUAUCCUUGGAAUGACAAUAAAAGUUCUGGUUUCCUUGACGAAAGUGGCGGAAUGUAAUGCCCAGCAACACUCCGUGAGAUCUGGUGUUAAGGCAGCUUUGGUUCUGAUGCCCUUACUUGGCAUAACUUGGGUGUUUGGCCUUUUUAGUGUUAACGCCAAGACCGUUGUUUUUCAAUACUUGUUUGCUAUAGUCAACUCAUUACAGGGUCUGUUCAUCUUUGCUUUUCAUUGCGUUGGCAAUACUGAGGUUCGCGCCGCGUUAAAUAGGAUGAAGAAAAGACGUUCUACGAAAAUUGCCUCCUCGCAAGAAGUCUUUUUGGAUAGAAUCAAGAGUAACUCUAAAAUGCUGAAACCAUCGAAAGGCACGGAUGAUCUAAAAGAGAACACAGUUCAGGUAAUAAAAACACCCUUAGCUUUUUACCAUCUUGAAGGUGAUACAAGUAAACUAACCGCGGUAGCAGGUUUUUCCAAAAAAAUUAAGUUUCUAGCGAUAGCUCUAGUUCCAUUCGGCAAAACAAAGUGGGGGAUUGUGGGUCAUGUCUGUGCUAACAAAAUUACAAGGGACUUUAAGAAAACCACGACGGCAACGGGAAUGUCGCUAAACAAAAGAUUUAAUGAGCAGAACAAUGCCCGUGCACGUGUGUUGUAAUUCUUGAUACAUCUCUUUGCCGUCCUCUGCAAAACAACAACGUUCAAAGUGACCGAAUUCUGCGUUGUCUGGAGAUCAUG